AAUUAAUAAUGCAAAAGCUUUGGAUCGAACAAUGUUCGUGGGAUGAAGAAGUGUCACAGGCUAUUAGGACUUCAUGGAUUUCGUUUGCAGAAGCGUUACCUAGUCUAAAUCAGUUAAAGGUGCCUCGUUGGGUACUUGACGACAACUCUUUAGUUCACGAAGUCCAUGUAUUUGCAGACUCGUCAGAACGAGCAUAUGGAGCUUGUUUAUAUAUUCGUUCCGUAAAUAAGCAUAACUUAGUUACCGUACGUCUUUUGACGUCAAAAAGUCGUGUCGCUCCAAUAAAACCGACUACGAUCCCACGGCUUGAACUUUGCGGUACAUUGUUAGCUGCAAGAUUGUGCGAUAAAGUGUUAAAUUCCUUAACCAUUCCGAUUAGUAAAUGCAGAUUCUGGUGUGAUUCGAUGAUUGUUUUAGGAUGGUUAAACACGCCUUCACCACGUCUUAAGAGUUUCGUACGUAAUCGUGUUAAUGAAAUUAAAGAUAUUACCAAAGGUCACGCGUGGAGUUAUGUACCGUCGAAAGACAAUCCGGCGGAUCUUCUUUCUCGCGGGCUGAAGGCUGACUCCAUCAAUAAUUCCGUGUUAUGGUGGUCAGGGCCAGCAUUCUUGGCCAAAAAUGAAAUAGAAUGGCCUAAAACGCCCAACGAAAGAGAAGAUCUACCCGAGUUAAUACUGCAUUGCAAUUUUGUGAUGGAUGAUGGAUGUGAGACAUCAGUAGAUUCAAUAAAUAAUUUAAUUAAAAAUAAAUCAAGCUUUACUAAUUUGCAAAAUAUAAUAGCUUAUAUUAAAAGAUUUGUUUACAACUGUAAACAUAAAACCAAAUUGACUGGUUGCCUUUCCACUAUAGAAUUGCAAAAUGCAUUAAAUUUAAUAAUUCACAAAUCACAAGUAGAGAUGUUUCCCGACGAGUACUCUUUACUUAAAGCUGGGAAGGCAUUGUCACCUAAAAAUAGAUUAAAAUCAUUAACUCCGUUUUUAGAUAAUAAUGACUUGCUGCGAAUAGGUGGCAGACUUGACAAUUCUCCAUACACAUACGACACAAAACAUCCUAUCUUGUUAUGUAGCAAGCAUCAUGUUACUAAAAUUAUUUUUGAGAAUUACCACAUUAAACACUUACAUGCACCACCAAGACUUCUAUUAGCCAUUGUAAGACAAACUUAUUGGCCGUUGGGUGGCACUAACUUAGCUAAAGUUACUGUAAAUAAAUGUGUGAGGUGCUUCAGGCACAAAGCCGAAAGUGUGCAGCCCAUUAUGGGACAACUACCUAAAUCUAGAACUCAAUUAGAGUUUCCUUUUUUGGAUUGUAACUGUGAUUACGCGGGACCCGUGAUGAUAGCAGACAGGGUCGGUAGAGGUUGUAAACUCAUAAAGUCUUACGUGGCCAUCUUUAUUUGCAACUCGACUAAAGCCUGCCACAUCGAACUUGUUACGGCGUUGUCUAGCAAAGCGUUCAUAGCUGCACUAAAUCGCAUGAUAGCCAGACGAGGGAAAAUUAGAAGCAUAACUUCUGAUAGAGGGACAUGCUUCACUGGUGCUAGUACUGAAUUAGCCCAGCUUCUUGUUCAAUCCGAUCUGCAAGGUCAAAUAGCACAAGAAGGCAUUGAAUUUAAAUUUGUUCCGUCUUAUACUCCCCAUUUCAAUGGCUUAGCAGAGGCAGCAGUGCGUUCCACUAAGCACCAUCUUAAAAGGCUAUUACAAUUAACCCACUUCACAUACGAAGAAAUGACUACGUGUCUCGCGCAAAUAGAGGCUGUCUUGAAUUCACGUCCCCUUACACCAUUUUCAUCUGAUCCCACAGAUUUCUCCGUCCUCACUCCUGCUCACUUCCUAAUUGGACGGCCACUGACGACCCUUCCACACCCUGACAUACCGAUUGACGUUAAUAUUAAUCGGCUCGACCGCUUCAAGAGGAUUGAAACAAUUAAACAACAUUUUUGGCGCCGAUUCUCUGUCGAGUACGUCGGGCUGCUUCAGACUAAAACUAAAUGGACGGCAUCAAAGGGAGACCUUAACCUCGGAGCACUUGUGCUCAUUAAGGACAAGACACUGCCGCCCUUACUCUGGCGCCUGGGUAGAAUAACACAACUAUACCCAGGCAACGACGGUGUCGUCAGGGUCGCCGAAGUGCAGACUCAAACCGGGUUAAUACGUAGGGCCUUUAACAAUAUUUGCCCACUUCCACAGUUUUGAAGUCUGCACACUUCAACCCGGGGACCCUGAUCAUCGUCCAUCUAUGUACUCGUACGCACGGGAGGAGACGCGCGGGGAGCCGGAGGACGGCGCACGGCAGCGGAGGCGCGCGCCCGGGACAGGCACUCUGUAUUCGGAUCCACUUACCGAUGUACUGAUUUUGAAUUACACGUUUAAUCUUUACUA